AUGGGGCUUAAUUAUAGGGGGCUAAGGCAAGGGGACCCUAUGUCCCAAUUACUAUUUGUGUUGGUUAUGGAGUACCUAUCCAGCGUCCUAAAAUGCAUGAGCAAUUUACCUGAUUUUCAGUACCACCCCAUGUGCAAGCACAUUAAACUGACUCACUUAAUAUUUGUAGAUGAUCUAAUGAUCUUCUGCAAAGGAGAUGCUAGUUCUGUAGCAAGGGUGAUGGAAGCAUUGAUCCAUUGUAGUGCAGUAACAGGCCUUGUGGCAAAUGUUGAUAAAUCAAGUCUGUUUAUAGCUGGAGUGGAGGAUGAUACAAAGGAGCAAUUGCUUGGAAUGACUGGUUUCUCUCUAGGUCAGUUCCCCAUAAGACACCUGGGGCUCCCUCUCUCUUCAAAGAAGUGGAAUAAACUAGACUGUCAACAAUUGAUAGACAAGAUUACACACAAAAUUCAAAGUGGGUACUCAAAACAACUAUCAUAUACUGGAAGACUACAAGUAGUGAAUGCAGUCUUACUUCUAUACAUAGUUUUUGGAGCUCAUUGGUACUGGCAAACGAUCAAUGCUCUGAAGUCUGUGAUGCAGAAUUGGUACACACAAGGAAGAUAUAAUUUGACACAUUCUGGGAAAUACUCCAUCACUGCUAGCUAUAAUGCAAUGUUGGGGAACCAGACUAGACUUAGAAUUGCAGACCUGGUUUGGACAUCUGUAGCGCAGCCAAGACACAGAAUGAUAGUAUGCCAAGCAAUGGAGACCUCGCUUUAUCUCUUUGCUGAAUGUGGCUGGUUGAAACAAGUGAGAGAUGCCAUAGUUAGUUGGGCUGGCAUACUGGUGCAUAGAGGAGAAGUAAAGCAGGUCUUGGAGACAAUCAGAAGGAAACAUUGGAAGCAGUUCUACAAAGAAGUGGUUGCUGCUAUAUGGGGUGCAGUUCUAUAG